CAAUAUCAUCUAAAAAAAAUACUAAAAUUGAGAAAAAUAUGUAAAACACAGUCUAAAUGCUUUUUCUGAAUUACAAUAAUACUGGAAUUUCUCAAAUAAAAUGAAAAUAGUAUUAGAAGGGUAACUUUAUAGCUGAGAGUGGUGUUCUAUUGCGUGUCCUCAUGAAAUGCAACGUCCGUGAGCUCGCUCACUUGAGCGACCAGCCUUGUGUUAUUGAGGGGAGAUUAAACUACAAAAAGGUCUCCAAUGGGGGUUAUCGCAAUCAAGCAGUGUUCAAGGAGAGGUGGUUUCGGCUCAUCAACAAUUACUUGUUCUACUUCAAAAUAAGUGAGAUGGGCAAGUUUGAUACAAAGAAUCCCGCUGGUGUCUUUGUUAUGGAGAACUCGUCUAUUCAGAUGGAGCAUGGGCCAAAUAUAUCAUUUUCAUUUUCCAUAUCCUUUAUUGACGAGCCAGAGAAGCGUCACGUGUUCGCGGCGCGCGCCGAGGACAACGUCGUGCAGUGGGUCAUCAAGCUGCGUGAGUGCUCCUACGAGUACCUGCGGGAGCGCCUGCACACGCUGCAGUCCAAAAUAUACUCUAUUACUGGCAAGGAUCCUCUGCUACUAGUGCCGCGCAACGAGGGCGCGUGUCUCUGGGCGCCGGCCGUGCCCUUCUCCACGGCGCCCGCCUGCACCGUCAACACCAGCUCCUUCAGCUGCCACCUGCACACCAGCAGCCCGUUCACGCUCGAGCGGAGUAAGUCCGACGCGAACGCGCACAGACACGCACGCACGAACAAGUCCACUUUUUACACCAAAGAAACUAGUGACGAAGACAAAGGUGAUACGAAAAUUUUCUCCCUGGAAAGGAGCAAAACGUCCGCGAUGUUCAAAAGUCACAUCGAGUCUAUGGAGGGGUCGAUAUUCGACAGCGGUAAGUUGAGCGUGAGUUGCGCGCCGAGUCCGCCGGCGCGGAACCGGCUAUGCCCCCUGGGCCCCCCUCGGCGCGAGCUGGACGCCGACGUGCAGGCGCUGGCGGCCAGCGGGCGCCUGCGGGGCACGGCGGGCAUCCUCGGCGACGCGCCCGUGCCGCCGCGCCGGAAGACCUCGCCCAAGCCCGCGCCACAUGUGAACAGCGACAGUAGGCGAUCGCAGGAAUCCGAAGAUCUUAUUCAAUUUUAGUCUAUUUAUAAUACUGACGUCCCACGUACCCCACCUAGUUAAAUUACGGCACGCAAGCUUUUGUCGGUGUAGAGAUUGUAUAUAGGGUUUUAAAUGCUAAGAAGAUUUUGCCAGAUUUGUGAUAUUUGUAUAAUAGAAGAUUGUAUGAUACAAUAGACGAGCUUUGUUCGUAUUCAUCUAAAAAUUGAUCAUUGGUAUUUUUAUAUAAAAUUUGUAUCUUACUUGUAUAUCAUAUGAUAUAGCAAUAUUACUAAGUGAGGGCCUAUAAUUGUACACGUAUUACCGAGGAACUUGUUAGGAAUGUUUAGUUCAGAAAGGAAAGUAGAAAUGUUCAGUAUUCUAGUCAAUGUAACCAGAACACAUUAGUGUAUAACGUGCUGCCUGCUCUAUUAAAUCGACAUUAACUAAUAGUAGAAAGUAUUAAACACGAGGCAUUUAUCAAACACUUGUUAUUCAUACAAGUUGUAUGUCAAUUUUGUCGUAAUCUAGGUUUAUUUUGUUUCUACCUCUUUGUUAUAACAAUUUAUCCUUAUUCUUCAUUACAAUAUUAGUAUUGUCACGCUCAGAGCACAUUCGCUUGUUAAAAUACACGACUAUAUCACAGUUUACUUUAAGUUUUAGUUUGUAUUGACUACUCAGUGCUCCUUAAUUUAUGAUAAAACCACAAUGAUUGUCAAGUUUAGUACUAAUUGUGAAACCUUCAUUCAAAUAAUCUGACGUUGUUAACGAUUUGUCACAUUGUGCUGUAAAAUCACCAUUAUUAGAGUCAGUGCGGAUAAAGAAGAGCCGUAGAAUGUAUUGGAUCCCAUACAUUUCACGACUCUUCUCUUUCAGCACAGACUAUCAUCAUUACGUCCAUAAUUCCAACUAAAAAUGUCGUAACAGUUGGUCUGCAAUGUAUAUAAGACUUAAUAAUCUAUACUUACAUAGUUUAACUUUAAACUAUACAAAUUAACUUAUCUCAAGUCCUUACAGUUUUCUCCAAGUAACUUUUUCCUUGUAUAUAUUUUUGAUAUUCGCGGUCGAGCCGGUCGAAUCAUAUCAUGCCAGUGGAGGAAAAUUUAUAACGAAAGCGCGUUUUUUAGUACCUAGUAACUAGUAGCCAUGGACCCAUUGAGAUCGAUUAAGAGGAUAGUAGACGACAGCCUCUACAUCCAAACGUAGUCCCUGUUUUCUUUUCUGGAUACCCUUCGUUAUUUCAAGAAUUAGGGGCGAUAUAUAAAUUCCAUACAAUUUUUUAAAGAUCUUAUCCCUUUUAAUAAAUAAAAAACUCGAUCGAAAUAUUAAUAUCCAGAGAGAAAAGUGGGGACGUUAGUAGUAUGGAGAAGCAUGUUCGCGCGCGGUCUUUCAUUUUCAUCUUAAGUGGAAUUAAGUAUGAGAGUUGAGUUUGCUUGCUUUACGCCUACCAGAUAAAAUGUUCAAUCUAAAUGAAUAGCACCUAAAAUUCAUAUGAAAUCAAUUAUUUGAUAGCAAUGAUUCACAUUACCAAUGUUGUUGCGUUCAUAUAACGUUUUUAUAAUAAGUAAUUAAUCACUAUGUGACGUGUGACGAGGAAACUGUAGGUACAAAAUUAGCUUAUCUCGAUGUUUCAAGGUUAAAAGAUUGCCUAUUUUGGUAGGAACCAAUUUGAUAUUGAUUAGCAUAGGUACAACGAAAAAUGUGACCUGAACUACUGAUUUAAUAGAAUCAGUAGAAUGAUAUGAAUGGUAUUUAGUCCCGGCCAAAUUUCGAUUAUAAUAUUUAUAAUAUAUACCUAUAUUAAAUUCUUAAAUUAUAUCUGACUUAUGUAAUAAAAAUGUAUACUUUUUAAGUGUUUUUACCUUUGUAACGGAAUAAGAAUAUAUAUUUA